UUCUAUACCAUUUGAGCCACCAGGGGGCUGUUGAGAAAUGCACAAAUUUAGAGGCAAAAAACUUGAUUGGGAGUAAUUGCUUCUUAUUCUUUCUUCAUUUUACAGGUGUUCUUUGGCAAUGUGGAUUCAUCUGGAGUAAAACACAAUAUUUUUAACCCUCCAAUUAUUGCUAGAUAUAUCCGUUUGCACCCAACGCAUUACAGCAUCCGCAGCACUCUUCGCAUGGAGUUGAUGGGCUGUAAUUUAAACAGUUGCAACAUGCCACUGGGAAUGGAGAAUAAAGCAAUAUUAGAUACACAGAUUAGUGCCUCAUCCCACUUAAGCAACAUGUUUGCCACCUGGUCUCCUUCACAAGCCCGACUUAACCUUCAAGGGAGGACAAAUGCCUGGAGACCCCAGGUGAAUAAUCCAAAAGAGUGGCUACAAGUGGACUUCCAGAAGACAAUGAGAGUUACAGGAAUAACCACCCAAGGGGUGAAAUCUAUGCUUACCAGCAUGUAUGUGAAGGAGUUCUUCAUAUCCAGUAGUCAAGAGGGCCAUAACUGGACUCCAUUUCUUCAGAAUGGCAAAGUGAAGGUUUUUCAGGGAAAUCAAGACUCCUUCACCCCCGUGGUGAAUGCUCUAGACCCCCCGCUGUUUACCCGCUUCCUUCGGAUUCACCCACGGAGCUGGGCAAACCAUAUUGCCCUGAGGCUGGAGCUUCUGGGCUGCGAGGCGCAGCAGCAGUACUAAGGGCCGGUGCCUCCCUCCUGUCCCUGAGCCUUUCCUAACUCAGAUGCAGCGUCCCUGUGAGCCCUUCCGCCAGGUGACUUCCUGCCCCACGCUGCCCACAAUGCCAUCGUUUUUGCUGUAUUUCAAUGCCUCUAUGCCAGCAGUUGUGCCCUGAAGCCACCCAAAUCAAUUGCCAUGGGGACUGCGUUCUCUGGAGUCAUGUGGAAAGCAUUCUCCUCCGGAAGUGGCAGUCACUUCCUCCUCUGUGGUGAUGAAGAAGGGUCACGAUCAUACUAGGGUUCUAAAGGACAUGUUUUUAAUGUUUCCUCAGAAAAAUGAGGAAACUCCGUGGCUCUCUGGGGUAGGAGACCCAACCCGAUGUACCUGGAAAUUCUGUACCAUGACUGAAAACUAGAGGCCCUCUUUACAGAGUUAAAUCUCGGGGAGUCAGAAGGAAACUGACCUGGUGGAAGCAGAGAGAAAAUUCCUCCAGUCAGCCACAUGCCCUUUCCAGGAGGAACCCCUGCCUUGCCCCGCCCCUACUAGAUAAGGUUCAAAAUGGUUUACUGUCCUGGAAAUGUCAGUGAAGAUCAGAGAUUAAUUUAUAGAAAUCAAUAAGCUGCUUUGUUGUAUAGCCUGGUAGAGAUGUUAAUCCCCCAAAUGAUGUGGUUUGACUGCCUGCAAAAGGUUAACCACUUUGAUGUCAACCUCAAUCAUCUUCUUGUAGCAUUCUUUUCCCAUUGACCGCAUACAUCUCUCUUUUUCAAAUGCUCUUGGAACCAGCUCUUUUGUCUUCCUGCUGGAAUAGUCAAUAAUCAGUUGAAUAAAACAUUGACAUGUAAGACCAAA